AUGGAGGACUCUAUCAAGGACGUCGACUUUGGCCUGGACCUGGGUGGCUUCGUGCUGUCCAUGAUCAUCCAAUCUCUAGUCUUCCUCCUGUUGUGGAGGGAGCUGCGCGCCGUGUCGCUGUUGCCCCCCCUCGAUCAAGACCAGAUUUCCACACCCAAGCUCCUCCAAGGCGUGCUUGCCUACUCGGGCUUCGUCAUGAUCUGUCUCGGCACUUGCAUGAUUGUCUUCUUCGUGGCCUGGGAAAGCAUUCCGCACCCUCUCUAUACGCACCUGUCCUUGGCCGUCUUGGAGCUCGUGUCGGUCCUCUCCGUCCAGCUGGCUAUAGGAAAGGUCUGGAUCAUGUUCUGCAUCCUCACCGCCCGCAAGGUCCUGCAGAUCCCCAUCUACUCCAUCAUCGUCGCGUGCGGGCUCCUCUACGCCAGCCACAUCGCCGUCGGCGUCAUGCUCCUGACCGAGCCCUUCGCCGAGAUCUGGUUCGGCCGCAGGCGGCUCUACGAGGCCAUGCUGUGGUCCUCGAGCGCCUUCAUCUACCUCGCCGCCGCCGCCGCCACCGCCUGGCUCUGCUACUGGAAGCUCAGGUCCCGGCCCACGCACGACCAGAAGCGGAGGCUCGGCUCCCUGACCCUCGUCCAGCUGACCCUGUUACUGGCAACCGUCGUGGCUACGGCGCUGCAGGCGCAAUAUUUCGUGCAGUACGCGCUCUGCGUCGUCUCGCUGGGCCUGAACUCUGGGCUGCGACUGUUGUGGGCACACAGAGACAAGAACAAGCUAUCAACAUCGCGCGCCAUUGAAUUCCCACGGCGGGAGGUGGAGGUGGAGGACGGGAAGGAGUCAGCCAUUCAUUUCGUACUUGUUACCUGGUUGCAUUCCAUCGAGGAGACGUUGAAGGAGGCUCAGACCAAGACAAAGAAGCCAAACAAGACGAAGCAGAAAAAGGUGGCCCUCCCGACAAAGACGAAGACGGCCAAGAUGAAGAAGACAGAGAAGAGCAAGAAGCAAACACCUACCCUGUUUCGAACGACCUCGAACUCCUGA